GGCUGUUGUCAUUAGGGCGAACGCGGCCGAAUCACUGAAUCUGUUUUCGCCGCGGUGGCGGCGGCAGCCGCUCUGGGUCUGGAGGUGUGUGCGUGCGCGUGUGUAGUGCGUGUGUCUGUGCGUGUCUAGGCGAGCAAGCCGGCGCGCAGAUGCCCGCCUGUACGUGGGUGAGGGUGUGCGAGUGCGAGUGUCCUGCGUGCGUGUGAAAGGUGGUGGGUGGGAGUGAGUGAGUGAGUGUGUGCGCGCGGGGGGAGUGUGUGUGUGUACGUGUGUGUGCAUGUGUGGGUUCGGAUGAGGGUCUCUAUGCGGGUGUGGAUGCGCCUGGGGUGCGUGAGCCCCCUUUCCCUCCCCUCUUUCUCCUCUUUUUCAUCUCCUUUGGCUGCCUCCUGCCUUCCUUUCUUUUCGCCUUGAUCCCGGUUCCUUCCCUCCGUCCUUCUCUCCUUCCUUCCUUCCUUCCCCCUCCGUCUCUCUCGGUCUCUGUCUUUCGAGCCCUUCCCCCGUCCGCCAGGCUGGGUCCCAUGGUGUUCCGAUCCCCUUUAGAGCUUUAUCCCACCCAUUUCUUUCUGCCAAACUUCCCCAGCGACCCGCACCACCACCACCGCUCGCUUCUUCUGGCCACUGGUGGCAGCAGCAGCUCCGGAGCUGGAGGCGGCGGCGGUGGCAGCAGCGGUGCCGCCACCGGGUGCAGCGCCGGAGCGGCCGGUGGCGGGGGAGGAGGAGGAGGCGCGUCGCGGGGAGCCCCGGAAGAGCCGUCCAUGUUCCAGCUGCCCACGCUCAACUUCUCCCCGGAGCAAGUGGCCAGUGUCUGCGAGACGCUGGAGGAGACGGGGGACAUCGAGAGGCUGGGCCGGUUCUUGUGGUCCUUGCCGGUAGCUCCCGGAGCAUGUGAAGCCAUCAACAAGCACGAAUCCAUCCUGCGGGCCCGGGCGGUGGUGGCCUUCCACACGGGCAACUUCCGAGAUCUUUACCACAUCCUGGAGAACCACAAGUUCACCAAGGAGUCGCACGGCAAGCUGCAGGCCAUGUGGCUGGAGGCUCACUACCAGGAAGCCGAGAAGCUGCGCGGACGCCCCUUGGGGCCGGUCGACAAGUACCGCGUCCGCAAGAAGUUUCCCCUGCCGCGAACCAUCUGGGACGGCGAGCAGAAGACCCACUGCUUCAAGGAACGGACUCGCAGCCUCCUGCGGGAAUGGUACCUCCAGGACCCCUACCCCAACCCCAGCAAGAAAAGGGAACUGGCCCAGGCCACCGGCCUGACGCCCACGCAGGUCGGCAACUGGUUCAAGAACCGGCGGCAGAGAGACCGGGCGGCGGCCGCCAAGAACAGGCUCCAGCACCAGGCGAUCGGACAGAGCGGCAUGCGGUCGUUGUCAGAACCGGGCUGCCCGACCCACAGUUCGGCGGAGUCUCCGUCCACCGCGGCCAGCCCCACCACCAGCGUCUCCAGUUUGACAGAAAGAGCCGAGACGGGGACAUCCAUCCUCUCGGUAACCUCCAGCGACUCAGAAUGUGACGUAUGAUAAUGGAAAGGAACAAAAGCUAAGAAAAUAAUAAUAAUAAUAAUAAUAAUAAUUAAAAAGUAAGGCCCCACUCCACCCCGAGCAAGCGCGCACCCACCCCCUCUACGAACUGCCCCAGCUCCCGGAGAAAAAAAGCCACCUCAGAACAGCCCUAGAAAGAGAACCGGAAAAAGAGAAGCAGACACUUAAAAGAAGUUAAAAAUAAAUAAAGCCAAACCUUACUUAACAAACAAAAGAAAUAAAACAAUCCACUCAGUAAAGGAACAAAACAAAAUUAACCUCCUGAAUUUCUGAUGCUGCAGCGGGGAAAAUAAUAAUUAUGAUAAUACUGUGCUAUUAUGAAUAUUAUUAUUGAAAAAGAAAAGAAGGAAAGAAGGAAAGAAGGAAAGAAAGAAAGAAAGAAAGAAAGAAAGAAAGAAAGGUGACAUUUGUAUUCUUUGUAGGACAAAAGCACAUUUGAGCGCUUUUCUUUUUAGUUUUUAUAAAUUUUAUUUCAAUGUUUGCGGUUUCCCAAGGACUGCAUUUCACCAAGUUUGCAUGAUAAUGAUUCAGUUUGCAUCUGGGGAAAAUAUAAUAUUCUCUAUACUAAAUGAACAAAAUAAUAAUAAAGACUAGGGUGCGGGAAAGGAAAACGUGGAUCAAAUUUGUACAAAAAGAGAGAGAAAAGCUUUUACAAAAAUUUAAAGGAACUCUUUGAAGAGGGAAAUAACCAAUGUUUAUCACCUUUUUGUUGGGUUUUAAUCAGCCUUUAUCUCUGCUGAUCUUUAUUCCGAAUCCAAGUGAUGGUUUAAAGUAGAUGCAAUUGGUUUGUCCUUCUCCUCUUCCUCUCUCCUCCUCCGUCGUUGUUUUUUAUUAUUAUUUUAUUUUUUAAAUUGUUAUUCUUUUGUUCAACAGACAAUCAUUUUCUUCCUAAGCACCUUUUUUUCUACACUUCUGUCACUGCCUGUGUGGGUACUGGUUAUAAAUGUGGAAAAAGAAUAGUUAUGACUGUAACAGAUUUUUAUUUUUAUUUCAAAAUUUUAUAUGAAUUAUGUAUAUCUUAAUGAUGAGGUCAUUUUUCCCAGUUUGUAAUAUAUGUGUAGAAAAUACUUGUAUAUGAUACUUGCUCUUCUCUUUCUUGUGUCCCCUGUCUUGCCCUAGCCCUUCCCCUCCCUUUCCUUUCCUUCUUAAAAAGAAAGAAAGACAGAAAAGAAAAGAAAAAAGAAAAGAAAAGAAACAACAUUUUCCCUGACUUGGGUUCCUUGCACAAACGUAGCUGUCAAGAGGUGACAGACUAGGUUUUCUAAAGGGACCUCAGUGAUAGAAGAAACGAGGCUUCGGGUUCCACUGUAGUUUUCUUACGCAAAAGCAUUUUGAGUAUUUAAAUAGCAGCUGUUGGGGUCUCUUCUUAAAUUCACGUAGGAUGCUUAUGCCACUGUUUCCUUUACUGCGUGUCUAUCUCUGUGUACAAACUUUCUUAAAAAAAUCAAA